AGAGCAGAGGCUGGCCAGAAAGAGUCCGCCCAUUGCAGCGAGCUCACCCUGUGCCUAAGGACACAACACGCGGCCCAUUAGUUCCUCUCCCUGGGCGGAUACUGUGUGUGUGAGACGCCCCUGUCUCUCCCAGUCACUCGCAAGCCGGCGACGUGAUGUGAGGCCAAACAGCGGAGCCGCUUCAUUCUGCAGCUCUUUGGGAGGUUGGAGUUGGGGGCAAAAGGGAACUCGACAAUCAGCCUCUGUUCCUUUGUCAGCCCAGAGAAGGAUCACCAGCCUCUCAGGCGAGGCGCUUCAGCACCCUCUCCAAAAUUUCCAUCCGAUAGAACAGAAACUUCUAAGCAAAGACUCGCCUUGGCGAACGUGUGGGCUUCAGCCGCCAACCAACAAACUGCAAGAAUUAACACCUGGAGCCGAGAUGAAUUCAGAGAAAUAGAUUUUUUUUUUUAACAAAGUUACAACUCCAAACAAAAAGUUUUGGCAGCCAGUUUUUGCGCUCUCCCUGUGAACCUGGAUUUUAAACGGAAUCGUCUCUAUGUGUUGAUUUUUUUUGGGGGGGGGGGGGGGACAAAAAACAAGAAUAAGUUCACUUUUAUUAUUAAUUCUCUCCCUCCCCCACACUCCCACCGGUCUCUCUAUGUCCCAUCCCCUUUUUUUUCUGUGCACCCAGACAGGUGAUGGGCGUAUCAGUCCGGUGCAGUGUUGACUCAUGGGUUUUUCUGUUUGGUCUGAUCUAAACAAAUACGCAGAUCUACCGGCUGGUCUACUGCUGAUGCCAGAGAGAGAGAGAGAGAGAGAGAGCGAGAGCACGGCGAGGAAACGUACAAAUCCAACGUGAAACAAUAAAUCCUCACACACUAGUUACUUUCCCGAGGGAUGGUACUGAAUUUUACUGAGGCAGGGGCGCCGCUGAAGCUCCUAAAUGAUCGAUUCUCGCUCCAGGACAAACUUGAACUAAAACGAAAUGAGAGCCACAGUUUAUUUCAUGUUCAGCUUUUGCUACCUGACCUGUGUGCAUACUGAGGAAGCCGAAUUUCCCCCAGAACUGCUUGAGAAGCUCGCACACAGUGAUAUUACCAGCAUUCGCGAUCUUCAGCGCCUCCUGGAGAUUGAAUCCGUAGGGGAUGAUGAUCUCUCCGAAUCUAAUUUAAGGUCUCACAGUAUUAAUGCAAUAAAACAUGAGUACACAAAGCGCUCAGCACCUAUACGGAGAAGGCGAAGUAUUGAAGAAGCUGUUCCUGCAGUGUGUAAAACAAGGACUGUCAUUUAUGAAAUACCUCGCAGUCAGAUAGAUCCCACCUCUGCCAACUUCCUGAUAUGGCCAGCUUGUGUGGAGGUCAGACGCUGCACGGGCUGCUGCAACACUGGCAGUGUCAAAUGCCAGCCUUCCCGGAUACAUCACCGAAGUGUCAAGGUGGCAAAAGUGGAAUAUAUAAGGCGUAAGCCAAGAUUAAAGGAGGUUAUAGUGAGGUUAGAAGAGCACCUGGAGUGUGUGUGCACAUUACUACAGUCUAAUUCAGAAUACAGAGAACAUGAAGGGCCUUUCACCCGCCCAAAGCGCUUUAAAGGAAGAAAUAGUGAAAAAAUUAAAAAACGGAAGCGUAAAAAGUUAAUACUGGCACCUGACAAGGAUGUGUUUCCAACAUAAAAGCUCUGGGAUGCAUUCAGAUGUGAGGUGAAAAUAAGCUACAUGAGGACUUACAAUGGGGGGAGGGGGGUGGGGCAAGGACGUACAUCUCUUUUGUUACAAUCCAAAAGCCUAUAUGCCAAAGGUGCUUUUUUUUGACUGUUAUUUCCCUUUGCCCUCAAUAGAACUGUUUUCCCAGCAAAUUGAAAAUAAAACUGUCUUAACUCUGAGGCAAUAAAGUGGAACAUUGUGGAAUGGGACUGCUCGGUGAAUUGAUGGGAGGCAUCUUGGUUUUUUUUUUAUACACACACAUGGAGGAAAAAAAGGCAUUCAAAAGAGUGGGAAGAAUGUCUGAAAUGCUGCUGAAAGGACAUAGUUUCAAGUGAAUGGAGAAUAUAUAAUGAAGAACUUUUAAAAUGGUGCUUAUGCCAUGUCUCCCUAAAGCCUCAAAGGGACUUACACAAAUGAGAGGCAUGGACCAUCCGAGAAGCCCCCGCCGGUACUUCCUUUUCCAGAGCUUAUCCACAAGACUGUGGAGCAAUCUUGCACAGUGUUCUCGUUUUUAUGAACUACACAGUUUCUUCAAGGGUGGGGCGGGGUAGGAAGCCUUGAAGACGGAUGUUAAGAGUUUAUUAUCGCACCAUUGGGUGUAUAUUAAGCUUGCUUCUACUGUACUCUUUUUAAUGUUUUAUUAUUCUGUGGACUACUUGUAUAUUUUAUUGCAUUUAGGAGACUGCAGGUAUGACUUUGCAGCAUAUUGUUGAUUUAUUUUACUGGAAGAAUAUGAUCUUUAACCAAGCUGUUCAGAAAAUUGCAUUGGUGCAAAAAAAUUCCCCAAAAAGUCCUCUCGGUUCAUAUAUGUUCCUCCUACCUUCCCUUCUUCUCCUCCUUUUUAAUUUAAAGCAUUUCAAGUAAAAUUAUUUUGCAUUAAUAAAUGAUACAAAAAGCCGGAAAAUAACAGUUAUUUCUGGUCCUGUACAGUCUGAAAAUGUUGUUUUUGUUUUUUUGUCUGUCAGUAAUACCACAUUUUAUGAUUUUCAUCUUUUAAAAGAAAAGUAUUUUCUAACUUUUAUUUCACAUGCACGACUGUGUGAAAUGGUCAAGAAUAUCUAUUGCGAUGAACUCUAUAAAAAUAUGGACAGCAAGGUCUACAAGAAAACCUGAUUUUUAAAAAAAAAUAUGUGGUCACAAUAAUAAUUAAACUCCUGAAUAUA